AUGUGCAUACUAUCCACCCUAUCUGCCCUAAAGGAGCCCCGCAGGAGAGCAGCGGAUCCGGCGGCGUCCCCCAGCGGCUCGGCCGCGUCCGAGGAGCAGACGCACCGGGUGCUGAAAAGCGAGUUCAUCGAGCGCGACAACAGGAAAUACUACCUGGACCUGAAGGAGAACCAGCGCGGCCGGUUCCUGCGCAUCCGGCAGACCGUCAACCGCGGACACGGGGGCAUGGGGUACUACGGGCAGGGCAUCGAGCAGACCAUCGUGCUGCCGGCGCAGGGCCUGAUCGAGUUCAGAGACGCGCUGUCGCAGUUAAUCGACGAAUACGGCGACGACGAGCCCUGCGCGCGGAACCACGACGCGUCGGCCGAGCUGCCCGAGGCGGCGUCGUUCCGCGUCGACAACAAGCGCUUUUACUUCGACGUGGGCUCGAACCGCUUCGGCGUCUUCCUGAAGAUCAGCGAGGUCCGGCAGCCCUACCGGAACACGAUCACCGUCCCGCUGAAAGCCUGGGCCCGCUUCGGCGAGAACUUCAUGCGGUACGAGGAGGAGAUGCGGCACAUCUUCACCUGCCAUAAAGAGAAGCGGACAGACGCGGAGGAGCCGGAGGAUUGACGCACGCUGCUGCUGCUUCUGAUGAUGCUUCUGGUGUUAGUUGUACCUCUAGCCUCCUGCUGUACUCACCGUACACUUUACCGUGCGGCCCGUCCCGUUCAUGCCCAUUACUGUCCAUUUCAAUCUAGGCAGAAUCCAAGCAGCUCUGCUGGGGUUGCAGUGUGUGUGUGUGUCUGAGAGAGAGCGUGCAUUAGGAUUUGGUGUUAUUGCAUCCAAUACUUCUUCCCAGGCUUAACGUGUAUAGGGCUGCUGUGCAAUUUCUCAAAGCUGGGAAUUAAAUAAUCAAGGUCUUAUCAAGCACUUAGGUAACACUUUAUUUUGAUAGCCCACUUUAGACAUUCUACUAAGGCUGAUAAUACAUGGAGCAACUUUUUGAGCGAUAUUGCUGGGUUAAUCAAUGGGCAACCAGGUGAGA